UCUCUUUAUCCACUCUCCCUCUUCAUUGCUUUGGUGAUCCUUUCUUCAUUAUUCCUUUAUCUAACAAACAGUAACCUGUUUUUCUAUUCUUUCUUUGUAUAUUUGCUUAUCCUUUCAAACUGACAUAAUUUAAACAGCCACAAAGAUCCUAACUCCCACACUAUCUUUAAGAGGCAAUCUGAAGAAGAGCAGAGGAGAAGAGCAAGCGAAUCAACUUUUCUCACUUUGGAAUCCCCUUAAAACCCAUUUGCAGCCAUUGGAUAUCCCCUUAUCUUCAUGUUUUUCUUUCUGGUGUUUUUCACACUGGCAUUCCUACUUCCAGUAAGUGAGCUGUGCGUAUCUCUCCGCACAGUUGUCCUGGACAAUUAUGGAUAUUAUACCACUUCUUCAUGAUGGCUGACCAACGCCCUCAUUCAGCUGGACCUUCUUGCUCUUGGCUCCUUAAUCUCUCAGGCCUGGGUGAAUAUCUACAUCAUCACCUGGCACAUUUGGCAAUGGACGUUACAGGUCUACUGGAACAUCUCAGCUCUUCACCUGUACCCCCAGGACCAGAAGCCAUGCAUUCCCGUAGCAGCAGCCUGGAAAAUAUUUCAGAGGUGAAUUCAUCUCAGCGGCCGCUACAGCAAAGAGAAUUUAAGAGCUUUCGAGAUGCUAGCCAAACAUGUUACAGGGAACCCCCAGACAACAUGAGUACAGUACAGCAAAACCACAAGAGCUGUUGCUGCAGCCAGAAACACAACAAAAACAAUGAACUGACAGAGCAGACAUCACUGGGGAACAGCAGGGACCUCUCACAUGAUGAUCUCCUGCUCCUGCUGAGCAUCCUGGAGGGAGAGUUACAGGCCAGAGAUGAGGUGAUCACGGUGCUGAGGGCAGAGAAGAUAGAUCUGGCAUUAUUGGAGGCCCAUUAUGGCUUUGCGACUCCUCCGAAAGUCCUUCAGGCCCUGCAGAGAGACACCAUACAGGGAAAAUGUCAUGGCUGGCAGGAAGACAUCUAUGAGAAGCCCAUUGCAGAGCUGGACAAGCUUGUGGAGAAGCAGAGGGAGACAUAUAGACGUAUGCUGGAACAACUGCUGCUAGUAGAGCAGGCACACAAACAGACACUCCACAAACUAGAGAAUGAGAAGCGGAAUCACAGCGAUUACAUGAAAAAAAGUGAUGAGUUCACCAGCCUUCUCGAACAGGAAAGAGAAAGACUGAAGCUACUCAAUGAUCAAGAAAAAACUUACCAGGAACAAAGAGAGGAAGAGAAUAAAAAGAAGGUCACCAAUCUUAAAGAAGAACUGACUAAACUGAAGUCAUUUGCCCUCCUGGUUAUUGAUGAACAGCAGCAUGUCACAGAACAGCUGGGUGAGCAAAUUGCAAAGGUUCAGGAGCUGCAAGCUGCUGCCAGAGAGGCCCAAGAGGAGCUGACCUCAGCACAGACCAGGGCACAAAACAUGGAGAGCAAAGUGUUGCACCUGGAGGCAAAAAUACAUGACCAGGCUGUUCAGUUCCACCAAGAGCAGGAAGCCAUGAGCACCAAACUGACUGACGAAAACAGCCAAAACAGACAUCUGAGUCAGAAACUGUCUACACUUUGCCAAGAGCUGGAUGAACUUGAAGCAUCAAACAAGGCCCUUCGCAGGGCAGAAGAGGAGCUACAGGAGCUAAGGGACAAAAGUAGCAGUGGGGAGAAUGGAAACGCUAACCUUGUGUCAGAAGUGGAAGAGUUGAGGAGAAGAGUGGUAGAAAUGGAAGGAAAAGAUGAGGAAUUGAUCAAAAUGGAGGAUUUGUGCAGGGACUUUAAAAGGAAGCUGGAGAGGGAGUCCAUCCAGAAUCGUAGUCUGAAAGCAGAGGUGGACAAGCUGAAUCACAGAAUUAUGGAGCUUGAAAAAUUAGAAGAUGCCUUAGGAAAGAGCAAACAGGAAUGUAGCUUGCUCAAAUGCAACCUUGAGAAAGAAAGGACAGUAACUAAACAUAUGUGUAAUGACCUAGAUAUUCUGAGGGUAAGGAUCAAGGAACUAGAAGCUGCUGAAGGUCUAUUAGAGAAGACAGAGUGGACACUAAAGGAAGAUCUUGCAAAACUGAAAACACUAACAGUAAUGCUUGUUGAUGAAAGGAAAACCAUGGCAGAGAAACUGAAGCAACUGGAAAACAAGGUUCAAAAUAGCACUGAUAAACUUCAGGCCGAAAAGGACAAAGUCACAUCAGUGACAGAUAAGCUGAUUGAAGAAAGCAAGAAAGCUUUGAAGAUCAAAGUGGAGAUGGAGGAAAAAAUCUAUAUCACCACCAAGGAAAAAGAUGAUCUGAAGACCAAGCUAAAAGCUGAGGAAGAGAAAAACAAUGCCCUUCAGUCCAAUGUCAGCAUGAUGAAGAAGAGGCUUUGGUCCUUGGAGGCUAUUGAAAGGGAGUUUUUGAGGAACAAAGCAAAACAAGAGAACAUGAAGAGACCCACCCCAAAUGGUUUCCAACAGGAAGACAACAAAGUGAAAGAUUUAACACAGGAAGAAGAAGGGCUCAGAAGGAAACUCCAAGAGAUGAAUGUGGUUGAAGAUGAUCUACUGAAGACACACAAUGAGGGUGAAUCCUUGGAAGAGAGAUACUCCAAUGAAAAAGGCCAAAUGGAACAAUUAGAGAUCACAAGGAAGGACCUUUCUAAAUACCAACUGGGUGAGAAGGAAAAUUUUAACCAAGACAUUCUGUAUAAGCAACUGAAAGAGGAAGCGAUCAAGCCCAGUCAUCUGACCGAAGAGGUAGAAGCAUUAAAGGAAAAGAUACACAAUUACAUGGGCACAGAAGAGUCCAUCUGUAACAUGAAAAGAGAAUAUGCAACUCUCCAGAGAAAGCUUACCCAGCAGGAAUUCAGAAACAAGGAACUUGCUAGGGAGAAGGAGAGCUUAACAAGGGAGCUUGAAAGAUAUCGUCGCUUUAGUAAGAGCCUCCGGCCUGGCAUGAUUGGAAGACGGUUCUCAGACCUACAAGUCUCUACAAAGGAGGUUCAGACUGAACCAACAGAUAGCCUUACACCUACUACUAAGAACCUUAGUCAUCUAGAGCAAGCUGUGGUGAAUAGGAAAAUGUAUGAGGAGAGUAAUCAACAGUAUGAACCCGAUUAUAAUGAGAUUACUCCAGCUAAAUGUAGUCCCUCACUCAAAAACAGUAAUAACCACCAGAACAAUACAAAGCUAAUUAGAAAUAAUUUAAAGAGUAUAGAGAUACACCAGCUUAUCAACUGCAAAAUGCAAACCACACAAAACGGAACUCAUGUUCAGCAAGGGGAUGUGUUAGUCACCCAUAAUCCGAGCCAACAUAUCCACAUCAAGUUGACACCAGACCAUAGCCAUAAGGCAGUUGCUGUUGAGACUAUGAGUUCUACUACAGAAAAUACUCAGUUUUAUACUACUACAGCAGUUAUCCCAACCAGUGGUUGCACCACGAAACAGCAAAUUACUAUUGACCAGAAUGCAGCAGUCUCAAUACAGAAUAAUAAGAGUUCUUACAUUGAAAUCCCUUCUACACCUGAACAAUCAGUGUCACCUCUUAGUAUGACAACUUAUUCCCAAACAGUGAUUCCUGAAUUCACAAGUUUAUUGACACCAGACAGUGCAAUGUCACCAACUGAGAUAACAACAGUUACAACAAGAGUUUCUGAUAGAGCACAGGAGACAGAGGUCAAAGCAGGUCACACUAUAUUCUGUGCAACACCACAAAGACAAAAUAACUGGCAUGAUGUGCAUAGGUAUAAUAAUUCAAGUCCAAGUGUCAUCACCAAUGAAGACAAGAAAAUUCAAGUUCCCUUAGACCUCCAGACUAUCAACAGCAAUACAGAACCCCCCAGUCCCUGUUAUUCUCCUGGCCAGGAGCAAAGAACCUCAGCAUUAUUAAGCAAUGCUCUGGCCAAAGUUAACAGCAAAAUUGUUAGUAGCAUCAGGAUAAAGCCUGCCUCAACUCCAAUCCCACAGCUGUCACAAAUUACAGUACCUGUUGAAGCAUUCCAGCAGUCUGGCCCCACAAGGAUACCUAAACCUAAAGCCUACAGUACACCAACAGGAACAAAUUCCACGGCUGCGCUGACACAAAAUGCAGGAACUUCCCAAGCACUGCCGAAAUUGGGGGGAAAACAUAUACAAUGACUUGAAUACAGGGGACCUGUUUACAAAGACAUAAUGAACAUUAUUUCAGCAACGUUUCAGAAACUGGGAAGAAUUUUACAUGAUUUAAUAUUUGUUUAUUUUUGGCAUUACUCAUCAGAAAAAAGCAGAAAUUUCUGAAUUACUUGUGAACAAUUCUCAUGAGAGACAGGAGAAAAUAAGAUCAAAGCCAGUAAGUUUCGUUAUAUUUUUAAUGUUGAAUCAGACCGAAACUGAACUAGACUACCAGAGAUCCAUUAUAUUUUUAGAAUACACUCCAACUCCCAUGGUCCCUUCACACAUUACAAGACCUGACAACAUUAAAACAAGAAGUCUAAGUACUAGAAAAUGAUUUUAUUUAACUUAAACAGUCUGUAAAAAAUACAGUGUUUAUAUUGCUUAGGUGCUUUAAAUUUCUGUGCAUUUUAACAGUGUAAAGCAACCCUUUGUCCAAGAAGAAUCUGAUUGUUCUACUGCUGUGCAAAACUGACCCUACAGAAUAACCAUUCUGUAUCGUGCUGUCACUCAUUCCACUGAAGUUAAUGCAUCUUAAAGCACAGAAGUGAAUUUUCCUUGAUUUUGGUGAAAGCCUCAAAAUGAAUAUUAAUUGAUAUUUUUCAGAUAUGAAUCACAGAAAAGACUUAUUUUAAGACCACUAUAACAGAAGUACGCUAUUUGACCAAUAGUAUGUGGACACCUGAUCGUCACACCUAUAUGUGGGCCUUCACCAAACUGUUUCCACGAAGUUUGAAACACAUAAAUGUGUAGAAUAUUUUUGCAUUGCUGUAGUAUCAACCCUACUGAACACUUUUGGGAUGAAUUGGAACUGGCCUAUGUGCCAGGCCUUUUCGCCUGACAUUAGUGCCUCACAUAUGGGUGUGAUUAGUCAGAUGUCCACCUCUGAUGAUUUGUGUUCUCUGUUGAUUUGUUGUCAUUAGCUUGAUGAAAGAUCCACAUAUGGAUUUUAGGCUAAAUUAUGCUUGUAUUUGCAAUGCUGUUAAUCUCCAUGAGAGUCCCUGCGCCCAUCAGCUACCACAUAGUGCUAAAAAAUUAUAGGCAAUUUUUUUCCUGUCGGUAUAAAUACUGUUUUAUCAUAUUUAAUUACCUUUUUUUUUCUCCAGACAAGAUUAUGAUGUUCAUUUCCGAUUAGUUGUAUCUGAUUCCAAGAUUGCUAAUUGUUUGUACUUAGAGCUACGUAAAGUUUAGCGGAGUUUAGGGGAAUUAUGGGUCGCAUAUAGAAAGGGUUUCUAGCUGUCCGAAUAGCUUUUUGUUAUGGCAGUGGUCUCUAAUUCUUUAUUUUGAAAUGUGACCAUUUAGAAUCCACUAAAUUGUGUAAUUCUUGAACUGA